AAAGGAAGAAAGGAAAAGCAAAACAAGACCAAAGUUACCAAGCAAAACAACACUACCCUAGCUCCUCUAGUCAUCUCUCUCUAUAUAUUAGCAUUUGUUUUUAAUCUCAAACUCUCUAAGUUUCCAAAUUUCCCACAAAACCCAAGCUUUAGUUUGGUUUUUUGCUUUCAGAUUCUUCCAACUGUCUCAUACGUACCCUUCCCUUGUUUUGUUGCAACAACAGAAGACAAGUAGUUUUGUUCUUGACCAUUAAGGUUGGAACGAAGAGGAGAGUUCUCAGUUGGGGUUUUGUUGGUGUUGACUGAGUUCAGCUGCCUGGUUGACUCGGACCCGGGUUGUUUUGUAUGGGUUUGGGUUGGUGAAGUCUGGGAUUAACAGUGAAAUGGGUGAAGCUGAGAAAGGUUCAGCGAUUAAAGAGAGGCUUAAGGGUCUUUGUGUUUGCAAUGGGUGGUCUUACGGGGUUUUGUGGCGUUUUGAUCAGAGAAAUUCCAUGUUGUUGAAAAUGGGAGAAGCCUAUUAUGAAGAGCACAUGGGAACAGUGAUUGAAAAUAUGCUUCCACAGCUCCACAUGCUUGGAGAAGGCGUUAUUGGUCAAACUGCUUUCACCGGGAAGGACCAAUGGAUGCACUCAGAUACCUACAAUGCACAGUGGAAUUCAUGCAAUCCCAUCGAAAGUUGUCGAGAUUUGUUUCAGGAUGAUUCCGAGUUCCGUUGCCAAUUUUCCUCUGGUGUAAAGACAAUUGCAACAGUCUCUGUGGAAGCAGGAGUAAUUCAGUUUGGAUCGACUGAUAAGAUUAUGGAGAGGCUGGAGUUUUUAGACGAAACAAAAAGGGUGUUCCGGGAGAUCAAAAAUCUUCGUGGGCCUAUUCCUCUUCCAAGUGCAGCCUCUUGUUUGAACAAUGAAUCCAAUGAUCUGAAUGACUUGUUUGCUUCCUUAAUUUCAUCUGCAAACUUUCAUGGAGACAUUGCCAACAUACUAGGUGAUAAAUCUAAAGAUAUAGGAGGAAAUUGUUUAUCUGCAAUGAAUUUACAGCCUACGGCAUCUGGUGCCUUAGGCUCAGCUGGUAAAACCCCGUGGUUUAGUACUGAAUCUUCUUCAUUGGACUCAUAUGACCCACAUUUGGCAUCUGAUAUAGGGGUUCAGGAUUUUCUUAAGACUUGCAGAAACACGGCUCAAGACUCAACUCUCAAUCUAGGCAACUGUGGAUAUCAGAUGGAUGAUCAGCAUUACCUACAGGGAUACCCUGUAGAGUUUAACCGAGCUGAUUGUAUUACAGAUGUUUCCAAAUCAUUCACGGAUGAUCUUUCUCAGUGGUUUGCCGCUUCACCAGUACAGAACUUCAAUGGCAUGGCAAACACAAUAAAUGGUGAUCUGUCACGAGUGUUUGAAAGUCCUACAGUGUCAUCUAGUCUGCUUAAAGGUGAUACCUGUAUCAACCUACCAAUUGUGCAACCUGCGACUUCUAUGCAAAGUUCCAUCACAAAUGCUUUCAGUGCUGAUGCUCAUGAGAAAGGUAUUGUCAUUCAGAGUUCUGGAAAUGAUUUGUUUCAUGGUUUGGGAACAGAUUUCGGGUGUGGUCAAGCCAGUGAGUGCUGGGAAGAUAGUAUAAUGCCAGUCGUCAGUGGUGACUGCAUGGCUGCCAGUACUGAUUUGACCAAAGAGCCAGAAGUUGGUGCUGCGGCUGGCCCCAGGAGAGGGUUAUUCUCGGAAUUAGGACUUGAAGAGCUUUUGAAUGGUAUGAAUAGUACUUCCAGCUCUGUGACUAAAUGUAGUCCAGCAGACCAAUCUUCCACCAGGAAAAGGAAAUUAGAAAGUUCAUCUGCAGGUGGUACUCAGGUACAGGUAGCAAGGUUUGCCGGUUCUGGAGGGAGCAUGCAUUUGACGGGACCUUUGUAUAACUUAGACAAGACAAACUUUCUUGUACCAAAGAAAGAGGUUCUCCCGAAAUCACAAGUGAGCAUAUGGAUUGAUGAUAGCUAUAGUGUCAAUGCUAGAAGUAUGGCUCAAGCAAACCCACAAAAGGCUGAGGAUCACACAAAGACCGCCAAGAAGAGGGCAAAGCCUGGAGAGAGUACUCGACCAAGGCCCAAGGAUCGUCAGCAGAUCCAAGACCGUAUGAAAGACUUGAGGGGCAUGAUUCCCAAUGGUGGAAAGCAGUGUAGCAUUGAUGCUUUGCUGGACCGCACUGUCAAGUACAUGAUUUUCUUGCAAGGUGUGACGAAACAUGCUGAUAAGCUUAAACAACCUCAUGAGUCAAAGUUGACUGGAAAAAAAAAUGGUGUGGUUCUAAAAGAUCACAGCAGUACAUCUGGUGGUAACAAUACUUGGGCAUUAGCAGUUGAGGGUCAAAAUGUUGUUUGCCCUAUACUUGUGGAGGACCUUAGUACACCAGGCCAAAUGCUUAUUGAGAUCCUCUGUGAAGAGCGUGGUUUCUUUCUUGAGCUUGCAGACGAAAUCCGUGGCUUUGGGUUGAAUAUCUUGAAGGGGGUGAUGGAGAGCCGAGAGGAUAAGAUAUGGGCUCGCUUUAUUGUUGAGGCAACUAGGCAUGUAACCAGGAUAGAAAUAUUUUGGUCCCUUGUCCGGCUUCUUCAGCAAAGUGGUACCAGUGUGGUUGAUCCAACCAUUCGCCCCAACAAUGUAGUAGACACCGGAUUUCCUCCUGUAUUGGAUAGUUUCCAGCCAUGUAGUUUCCCUCCUCCAAUCAGCUUGACAUGAGAUUUCAGACACUUUUGAUUUCUGCUGGAAUACCUUGAGCGUUACUGUCAAGGGUAUGCAAUGAUAGGUGUUUUGGUAAUGGAAAAUGUGAUUGGCCACCAUCCCAUCGCCGAUUGCCUUGGAAGUAGUUGUGAGGUGUGCAUAAUGUUAAGAAAAGAGAGAUUAGGAUGUGAUGUGCCUUCAAAAAUUGUUGGUGCUGUUUUUGCGAGUUAGUUACCAAUUAGGAAAGGCUGUGUAAGGCACAGAACCAUGAUCAUAUGUCAAGACAUGGUGAACUAGAGUCUGUGCGGUCUGUUUUAGUAGUUGGGAUUUCUUGUUUAUAUCUUCAUCCAGAAUUAAAAGAAAAACCCAGUAGUAGGCUGAUCACUGAUUUGUUUUCGUGGCCUUUCUGUUGUGG